AUGAUGGCAACGCCGGUAUCUAAUCGGGAAGAAGAUUCGAUGACUAAUGAGCCGUCUCUGUCAGGUAGAAAUAUUAUUGGUCUGAUUUAUCCUCCUCCUGAAAUAAGAAGUGAGUUUAAAACUUAAAUAAAAUUGAAAGUGAUCACUUUUUAAAGCUAUCGUGGAUAAAACUGCCGGUUUCGUUGCAAGAAAUGGAGUUGACUUCGAGAAUAAAAUCAGAGAGAAAGAAUCACAAAACCCCCGGUUUAAUUUCUUAUCUAUCACCGAUCCCUACCACGCGUACUAUAAGAAAAAAGUAUACGAUUUCGCUGAAGGAAAAUUUGAAGCUCCGAAACCACCACCCGCAGUGAAAGAACAUGUCCGAAAAGCGGAAUUUAUUCCUACACAGCCACCUCCUUCAUUUGAAUUUUCUGCCGAUCCGUCGACUAUUAACGCGUAUGAUCUGUAAGUCUAAUCUAUCUAGUCUUUAAGUGCUAUAUUCUUUUAGCGACUUGGUUCGUCUAGUGGCAUUGUUCGUUGCUCGUAACGGCCGACAGUUUCUCACUCAGCUGAUGACUAGAGAAGCAAGAAACUAUCAGUUCGAUUUUUUAAAACCAGCUCACUGCAGUUUUAGUUAUUUCUCAAAAUUGGUCGAUCAGUACCAAAAGGUAAUUUUGUUAAAAAAUUGGGUCAUUCAAUGGUCUAUUCUCAUUUCUCUUACGUUGCUAAGCACCUUUUCAAAAGUUUACGUCUCCAUUGAAUACAUGCAUUCAUUCAUCAAAACCAGAUUUGAAGACGUGUAACACUUGUCUUGCUGGGUUUCUGGGGAAGUUGUCCGGUCACCAAGUUCCAUUCGUUCGACGUUCCUUUUACAUUUUUUGCCUCGCGUCGUGGAAGUCUUUGUUGGUCGAUUCCAUGUUCUUGUUUCCUCUGACCUCCGUUGACCACAUGAUCGUUUCGAAAUGGGACGACGGUGCUCCGGACGCGGAUCCAACUCACAAUGAAUGACCUCUAAUAUAGAAAGAUCCUUCAAAUACUUUAUGAGUACUUGCUUGCAGGUUAUUGUUCCCACGUCAAAUAUUGUGACUCAGCUGAACGUCGACGUUAAAAAUCGCAAAAAACUUCUUGAUGAUUUAACAUAUCGUGUUUCAUGGGAAAAACAUCAAAAAAAUCUGAAAGACAAAGAAGAAGCGGAAGCUGAGAAAGAACGUCUUGCCUAUGCACAAAUCGACUGGCAUGAUUUUGUUGUUGUGCAAACUGUCGAUUUCCAGCCUGGAGAUUCUUCCAAGCUUCCUCCGUUGUGCACUCCAAAUGAUGUUGGUGCCAGAAUUCUUCUUGAGGCUCGAAAUGAACAACAAAAAGCUGCUGCUGAAAUGCAGGAGAUGGACAUGGAGGAUUCUGACAGCGACGAUGAAGAAGAACCCAACAAAAACGAGCAACAAACGUUCACAGCACCGUUGCCACCAACAAAGCAAAAAGAUGUUAUUGUUCGAGACUACGAUCCGAGGAAAACUCAGAUGCAAAAAAAUAAGCCUGUCGAAAAUUGGAUAAUAUCCCCUCUCACUGGAGAACGUAUACCUUCGGACAAGUUGGCUGAGCACGUUCGAUACAAUACUGUCGAUUCUCAAUACAAGGAGGAUAGAGACAGACACAUCGGAGAGCGCAGUACUGAAGAACCUGUUCUCGCUCUCGGAGCGGAUAUUAGUAGAAACUUGGGCCAGUUCGCCGAGCGCCGUACCGACAUCUUCGGAGUCGGUGGAGAGCAAACGAUGAUUGGAAAGAAAUUAGGUGAAGAGGACACACAACCUGCGAAUAAAUUAAUUUGGGACGGAGCUGAAGAGAGCAGAGAUAUGAUUACUCGUGCAGUUCAAAAUCAGCAAACUGGCUUUGGCGAUCCCAACAAGGAAAAAAUUGGUGCUCAAGUACCACGUCAAACCACUACUAGUGGAAGCGUAACGAUCACGCAGGGAAUCGCGUCCGUCAUUCUCCCCCAAUCUUCCUGGCCACAACAGCAGAAUUUACCUCUUCCGAAUUCUUCUGUUAGUAUAUCUUUCAUGUUGAUAGUGCGUUUGAAUAAUAGGCUUCAUCCUUUCAGGCGCAUCUUAUUCGACAGAUGGAUGGGCCUCCUGCUAAGCGUAUCAGAACAGAGGAAGACUUGGAAUCAGAGCAGGAAUGGUUGAAGAAAGUCAAUGGAGAAAUCGAACUUCUCAUCCGCCUUCCACAGGCUCCUGAAUAUGGAAUGGAUGGUUCGCUAGUUCAGUUUUCGAUCAAUGUUUCAGCUCCGGUAAUUUCGAGUCAACAUAAGAGUGAAUUGAAUUUAAAUUGUGAUUUAUUUCAGUUGAGCGAAUUGAAGCAGCAGAUCCAGGACAGGUAUGGUAUGGCUAGCAGCAAGCAAAAACUUUCUACGGAGUACUUUUUCCUGAAAGACAAUUCUAGCAGUGCAUUUUAUAACUUCACCAACAGAUCCAUGGUUAUUCUGCAGGUCAAAGAAAGAGGAGGAAGAAAGAAAUGA